CAGACCUCCGAACAUUGCCCUACUGCGCGCGGAAGCAUCAGAGCCGAUGUAGUCGUGUCCGUGGAUGAGUCCGGCACUGGUUCGCUUUACAGUGCGUCUGCUACCGGAGAAAGUCGGUAAGCUGAACGAUGGUGUAUUGUGAGCACCACGAAGCACGGACGCCUGCCCUCGGAAGCGGUUAAGGAGAGGACCGCGACCGUUUCCAAAUUUGGACAACCCUCUUCGAUAAGUUUUGGUGGUGGCUUGAGGGAGACGAGGCAAGGAGAAGAAGGUGAGUAAGUGGGUACACAGAUCGUUUCAGCACUAUCUGAAAUGAUCAAAGACGCUUGAAGCUGUCGAUAUAGGUAGGUACUGGAUGUCCUGAGUGUUUCGUCUCGUCGUUGUCCUCUCACACUCAAGGUGAUCAUCGAAACUCAGACCCGUAGAAAGCGUAGAAGAGCCGAGCAGUAGCCGUCAACUCCACCUCCGCUGCAGGCUUGCAUAAUGCUUGGCAUCCUGAAUCCUUGUGCUCACGAGGGCGGGUGCAUGUUGCAAGAAGUGCAUCAUGAUCCCUCAUUCUCCCGUGGCCCAUCAAGCGACCCUCUUUCAUCGAUAUACCCUACCGGCGCAGCGGCGAGAUUCAGACGGAAACAGGAUGACUACUUCGCCAACCACAAGGGUUUAGCGGCGAUAAGACAGCGCAGCAUGGAGGAGGUUCACGGCGUUGAUGUUAGCUGGCUGCAUCAUCCGGGAAAGGAGCAUCCUCGAAAGAACGCUCCCGCACCACCGAAGCACAACAUUAAUCGCAAACCGGUAGGAUCACCUUCGCCUCCGGCGGAGGCGUCUCCUCUACCGCCACGAACGUCGAGUUUACGCCCCCCGCAAGCGAGCAAUGGCAACUCCGCCAAUGCGUCCGCCGCGCCGACGUCGAUCACCCCAGCGACGCCAGCGCAACCCAGCAGGGACACUGCGCCAGUUGCGGCCUCUGCGACUGCAACAUUACCCGGCAAUGGCGCUGUAGCCGCGACGAAAGCGCAGCAAAAACGACCCGGCCUUUUACAUCGGGCAAGCUCAGAAAGGUCCGGUAAUAGGGAGAGCUCGCGGCGUACUUCAUGGCUCAACAACAUCAGCUCCAAGUUCUCGUCCUCCUCAUCUCAGCAGACCGUACCAGAGCGGCCUGCGCCCCCUCCCGCACAGCCGGCCAAGCAAGCAAACGCUAACGGGUCGCCUGCGCCGGUCGCGGCUAACGGUCAGACCGCACUCCCGCCCAUGGAAGAGGCUGAGGAGGUGGAAGCUACGCCGACAAAGGCCAAGGAGCCCAGCUUCUUCUCCAAUCUCACUCGCCGUUUGAGCUCCGCAAGCACGAGCAGCGCACCGCGGUAUCAGGCCGGCAGCGGAGGCUUAUGCUCGCGCAAAGUGCUAAACGUAGAUCCUAACCGUCAAAGAGUACUCGUACCGGAGAUGGACCCGAACAGAUUGCGUAAGGUCAGCUUCUGCGUUGACGUGGAGAUUGCUGGCGGACCAAGGUACUUGGAAGAGGACGAGGAGCGCGAGAUGAUGGCGAAGAAGAAGGACGUGAAGAUGAAGGAGCGUGCGGAAGGUGAAGCUUUGAAGAGACCGCGAUCACUGGAAGACGAGAAGGAGAAGGAGGGCGAGAUAAAGCUCGAUGCGAGGAGCACCAAGGUCUUGCAUAGCUCAAAGCCUUCAGUCAGCCAGGGUGGGGACGAUGAUGCAGAUGGGCUAGGACAGAGCUCAAGCUGCCCGCCAGGAGCUGACAUCGACGGUCUCAACCGCAAGAAGGAGAAAAAGAAGAAGUCCGAGGAAGAGCGGAAGGACCGCAAAGAGAAGCGAAGAAUGCGAGCCGUGGAGAAUGGCUCGAUACCGGUCGAGCUCCCAAUGGGAGAGGAUGGAGACGUGUCUCCGGACUCAGAGACUGCGCCUGAAGUUCGGCCUACGAGAAAGGAGGCUGAUCAGCCGCCACCUAUUGGAUUAGGAUUGCGACCAGAUCCGCCUGCGCAGACCGCGACCAACCCCCAAGGACCAGCAGCAAGGCAGGAUAAACCGACGACCGACCCUGUGCGGAUAUAUAGGCGAUGCUGCCAACUCAGAGAAACGCCGAUUCUCAAACGCAUCACAGAACAGCUGAUGAAGCCUGACUGUGUUGCACCGUUUGAGCCUGGCGUUGUGAGCUGCUUAGAUCUUACUGGCUCCCGUCUCCAGCUUGCAGACAUGGUCACACUGGGUGACUGGCUAGCCGUCGUACCGGUCAAGAAUCUGCGGCUGGAAGAUGCAGACCUGAACGAUGAAGGUCUGCGUUGCAUCCUUGCCGGGCUUCUCGCCGCCAAAAGACCAGAGCCUACGAAGCGACGGUCGGUGCAGCCGCGUCACAGACAGGGCAUGCCGGCCAGGUCUUACACCGAACGCUCCGGAGUCAUCGAGAAGCUCACAUUGAAGCACAAUCCACGCAUUACGCGUCUUGGCUGGAAACACAUCUCCCUCUUCAUAUACAUGUGUCGUUCCCUCAAAGCCAUCGACCUCUCCAUGAACCAAUUCCCCGAGACUUUUCCAGCUUCGACGCACGCGACACCGACUAAGAGUCCAUCUAACGCGCCGAAAGGCGAUGCGAAGGACACGGACGCCGCGGCAAUUUUCUACAAGUGUCUAAGUGAGCGCUUAGGUGGGUCGAAGAUGGAAGAGUUGAUCGUAAGCGAAUGUGGUCUCAAUUCCGAUCAGAUCCGGAAGGUCGUAGAUGGCGCUAUCGUGUGCGGGAUCAGCAGACUGGGACUUGCUGGCAACCAUCUCGACGACGAAGGGCUAGGUCAUGUCAUUCAUUACCUACGGUCGAGUGUCUGCCAUGGUCUGGACCUGGGCGGGAACGACCUUCGCGGCAAACUGGGUCACAUUGCGGACGCAAUCAACAACAAGCGUCACAUACCGUGCUGGGGACUCAGCUUGGCGGGCUGCAACCUUGUCACGGCGGAUCUGAAAGUGCUAUUCCCGGCUCUUGUCAAAUUGCCGGAUUUCCGAUUCCUGGAUCUGUCGCACAACAGGGAGCUCUGCUUCCGAGACAACGGCACCGUCUCCCUCUUCCGGCGAUACAUGAGUCAGUUUAAAGAGCUGAAACGCGUACAUCUUGCGGAUGUUGGUAUGAGCCCACAACAAGCCAUUGCGUUGGCGGAUUGCUUACCGGACGGACCGCGCUUGGCGCAUCUGAAUCUGCUCGAGAACCCCAUGCUGAGUGCGCUCGCACAUGCCAAAGAUGAGGCUUCGCAGGAGGAGGCUUGCGCACUGUAUGCCAGCUUAAUGGCGGCUGUGAGGGUGUCGAGCACGCUGAUUUGCAUCGAUAUUGAUGUUCCAAGCCAGGAUAACAGCGAAGUUGUCAAGGCUCUAGCUAAACAGGUUGUGGCUUACUCUCUGCGCAACAUGGAACAGUUUGCCAUCGCGGAAGCUACAGGUAUACCAACAGCAAACGCGACUGCCAAGCUUACCGAACCGCAUGGUGGCGAGCGCAAAGUCAAGGAGAUCACGGUCCCCGACGUGCUCAUGCACCUUGUCGGUCACGUAGAGGGCAACCAUGAGAACCACGACAAUGACCCGCCAGCUCCAGAUGGCGACUACAUUGUCGGCGGUACUGGUGUGGUGAAAGCCCUGCAGUACGUGCUUGGCGAGAAGGCUGCGGAUCUCCGCCGUACGUCUGUACCGGGGACACCUGUUUCUGGCGGUACGGUGCCCAGGAACGCCAGGCCUGGCUCUUCAGCCGGUCUGCCACCUACAGAAGAGCAAAGAGGUAAGGCGAAAAAGAUGAGUAAGAACCUGCUGGACAGUGCGCGGAAAGUACGCAUGAGGCUGCAGCCUGCACUUCUGAAGGAGGCAACUGCUGGAGACGAACUGGCGUACCGUCGGCUACUGUUCCUUGACCAAACGCUGCAGUCCAUCAUCCAGCGCUUUGAGGAAGAGUAUCCCGAGACGCGCGUGCAGCCGCCGGGCAGUCCGAAAGUUCCGGCCAGCCCAGCAAGCUCCGCUACAGAGAGCGACCGCAGAACAGACCUCAGCCUCAACACCCAGGUCACUGAGUACACCGGCAAUGGCUCCGAGGAUGAGGAUCUCGACGAUGUGGGCGCGAUCAAGAGGCCCAUCAAGCGCCAUGGCUCGCAAGUCUCGCUCGCCGCUCGCGCUUUGUCGCUCGAAGAAGGCAAUCUGCAUCGUCUCGGUCAACGGAUGCGGCGUGAGAUUAUUGAUUCGCCCACUACAGCGACGGCCGACCUGCCUGCCGAGCCGGAGGAUGAGCGUAUUCGUGCUCUACAAGACAAGAUUGAAAGCACAAGCGGUACUGAGCUGAAAGGGCUGGUGGAGAGUUUGGGUUGGAAGGAAGCGUUGAAGAAGAUUGGCGGUAACUAUGAAGAUUUGAGGAAGUUGCAGGAGAUGGAUCCGGAGGGGUGGGAGCAGUUCAGGGAAAGUCAUAUGAAGGCCAGGAUGAAUGCGGAUAGGGACUGGUCGCGAUGAGAAGGCUCUACAGCGUUGUUGGGGGCGAGUUUGGGUGGGCAUUGACUUCAUUGAGUGUUGUGUGAGUAUGAGGUAUUUUGGGGCGGUAAUGGAAGAUCUGAUGUGUCCUGUAACGGUUGUGAUGUACGAGUGGAUCUUCUUCCGGGCAUGAGCGCGGCGAGCGAUAUUGGUUGACGCAUUUCAUUCACACCUGACUCGCAUCAAGAACGAUUGCACGUUGAGAAAGACCUAAAUCUCGAGAGCUCGGCCAUGACUACACCCUGAAGAUCUGGAGUCCUUGCUAACGGGUGUUAGGAG